AGCGUAGAUUAGACUACAUACACACUGCUUACCCUAUCUGUUGGGUCGUUGGUUGGAAUCCAACGAUUGAAGAUAAGAUUGAUUGAAGAUAAGAUUGAAGAUAAGAUUGAUUGAACGGAAGAUUGAAGGGAAGAUUGAUUGAAGAUACGAUUGAAGAUACGAUUGAAGAUACGAGGAAAGAUAAGAUUGAAGAUAAUAAAAGGGGCCCGGGGAGGGGGGGAGGUGAACAACAGAAGAAGGUAUCUAUUUGUGGCCUCGUUGUUGAAACAGAUCCCGCUCGCGCGUCGUUUGUGUUGAUCGAUUUGGUCAGUGAAGUAAGAAGAAGAAGAAGAUAGCCACAGCGAAGAGAAGUGGCUAUCGAUCGAUGAUGGCGGAUAUCAAGGACGGAGUGGGAAAGAAAGGGAGAGACGAGUCGGUUGGAGGAGGAGGAGGAGGAGGAGGAGGAGGAGGUGGUAAGAGUCCGUUGAGAGAAGCAGGAGGAGUAGCUGAGAUUGACGAUCGAGCAAGUAAACGGGCCAGGUAUGGAUAUGGUGGGAGCAGUGGUAAUGUAGGUGAAGGGUUAGGUAGAAAAGAGCAGAAGCAGCUCUUCCCAGGUUUCUAUGGAGAAGACUUACAAAAGAUUGGCACACGAGAGAAGGGAGGUGGAGGUGGAGGAGGAGGAGGAGGAGGGAGAGGAGGAGAAGGGAGAGGAGGAGGAGAGAGAGACGCGAUGCCACAGGCAGCCAAUGUCUGUGUUGACGAGAGGGAGUCCAUGCAACUGGAUCUGGACAACGGAGCAUCGGGAUCUCUUAUCCUCAGGAUGGAAGGUGUAGAUGCGGCCGGUGAAAAUCUUCAGCGAGCGUCGGGAUCUCUUAUCCUCGUUGGCAAUCGCGACAACUCUCCACGUUACGCCGAUGGCGAUGGUGAUGGGAAUGUCACCAUCGGCGUAACGUCUGAAGAGUGUCGUGGCUAUGGUGGUCAAAGCGAUAGUCUGCCGUGUCUCGAUGGGCAAAGUGCAGAAGGUUGGGGUGGGGAUACCGUUCCCGGAUUCAAUGCCCUAUCUUUCGGUAUCUUCAAUGUGUCGCUCGCAUUCGACAAAACUGUGCGGUGUGCUCAAAAUGACGAUGGAGGUGCUGGUAGUGGUGGUGGUCGUGCUUCUUCUUCUUCUUCUUCUUCUUCUUUCGAUUCUUCUUCUUCUGCUGCUGCUGAGGUAGUCGACCAAGGACGGCGACGUCGGGGUGAUCUUCAUGUUCAUGGUGUUCAGUUUGGUGUUGGAGAUCUUGGCAUCGAGCUUGGCUUUGGAGAUCUUGGCAUUGAGCUUGGCGAUGGAGAUCUUGGCAUUGAGCUUGGCUAUGGCGAUCAUGUCGGUCGGGGGAAAAUGGCACAUGACGAUCUCACGCUUGAUGGAUGGCAGUGUGUUAGUCGUGCUCAAGAUGGGGCUGGAGAUGGUGGUGCUCAAGAAGAAGGUGCUGCGCGACGUCAGGCUGGGCGAGAUGAAGGUGAACUUGUUGCUCAAUCUGCUCAACAACAUGGUGUUGUUCGUCGAGAUACCUGUGCGCGAGAUAUCCGCCAUCAUCUUGUAGCUCAGAGUCCUCGACAAGAUGGCGUUCCCCGAAUUGGUGGUGGUCGCUUUGAUCCUGCUGCUCACGUUGGUGUUCUUGAUGAUGAUGCUCAAACUGAUCGACAACUCGGUGACCGGAAUGAUGCUGCUCAAGGUGCUCAACGUGCUCAAGGUGCUCAACGUGCUCAAUGUGGGGCGCUAAAUGGUGAUGGUCGAGAUGGUGAUGGUGGGGAUGGUGGUGCUGCUCAAGUUGUUCCUCAAACUGAUCGGGAACACGAUGGACAAGAGGGUGAGGGUGAAGUUGCGCAAGAUGAUGGUCAAAGUGCUCAGCGCUGGUUUGGAGAUGAACGUGGACGUCAUUGUGGAAGUGUGCAGCAUUGUGUUUUGGUUGCCCGAGGCGAUGUUGCUGAAGAUAGGAUUGGUCAAGAAGACUGGGGGCCAAGGAAAGGAGAAGAAGAAGGAGAUGGUGGUGGUGGUGGUGUUGAAGGUAGUGGUGGUCAGGGUGGUGCUUCUGAAGAUGAUGAGAAUGAACGUGGACGUCAUUGUGGUGAAGGUGCGGACGGUCUUGGCGAUCUUAUUGGCGCGGCUGGUAGUGAUGGUCGUAGUGGCGGCAAGGACCGGUCGCGGUCGGCCGGUCGCCGGAGAGUUGCCCGGGAUAGUGGGAGUAGUGGUGGGGGCGAAAGUGCGUGGCUGUUAGAUGAACCGCAGAGGUACGGCACUACGUCCACCAUGCAUCGGUUGGGUAGUGGGGAAUCUGACGUAGCUGUCAUAGAUAUCGAUGAAGACGAAGAUGAAGAAAAUCAGGAGGAAGAGGAGAAAGAGGAGGAGAAAGAGGAGGAGGAAGAGAGGGAGGAAAAGGAGGAGGAGGAGGAGGAGAUGGCUAGAACAGCUUCAGAUGCCUUGACUCGCUUGAGCUCCCGGCGGUUCGUGGAUGUCUUCAAGAGCGUUCUUGCGAGGAGAAGCCAGACCUUGGAGACUGCCGAGUUUGAAGACUUGCGAUCCUUUCUUGCGGGCGUAAUUACCACGAGACAGGCUGUGGUUGACCUGGAUGCUGAUGAAGGACCAUCGGCUAAUCCUCCAGAAGUCGAGCAAUUAUUUGUGCCGGAGGCAUUGAUCACUCUGGGGGGUGCAAACACCGGGGAAAGCACGGAAUGUGCUGCUGGUGGCAACCUGGCUGACAAUCCCCAUCAGGAAGAGGCGCCAGCAGUCAUCGUGAUUGGAGACGCAAACUCGAGUGACGACAAUGGUGACGCGAGUCCCGCCUGUACACUAGAAGAUUCUAGUGAAGACCUGUCAUCAGACGAUGAUGAUCUCUUCCAUGGUGGUCCCCUCCCUCCUAUACGCAUGAGGAUUCGGCAGCGUCAAGCAAUGUCAACUGGCGGUGAAGACGCACCAGCUGAUGUGGAUAGCCGUGCAAGCAAAAGACAACGAGUGCCGGGUGCGAAUGAUGAAGGGGGUAAAGAUUGUGAUAAUGCCAAGGGAGGAGGUAGCACACUUCUUUCAGCUGCUGUGGAGAUUGACAGUGACGAUGAUGUGCAGGUGGUCUAUGCGAAGGGACCUGUUGCAACAAGAGAUUGGCCACAUGUGCGGCAGGACUGCGGUGUGCAUCCUUUCACGAGUGGGCAGAGAGGAAAAGGUGGGUGCAAGGUCUUCUCCAAGAUCGAUCUCAACCAGAUUGAGGUCAAUCCUGCGGACCAGCACAAGACCGCAUUCAAGACGUGCGAUGGGUUGUACAAAUUUACCGUCAUGCCCUUCGGCCUCACGAAUGCGCCAACCACCUUCCAAUGUCGCAUAGACAAAGUCCUUCACGAACAAAUUGGUUGGUUUGUGGUUCUCUACCUUGACGACAUUCUGAUUGUCAGCAAAUCGAUGGAAGAACACCUGAGACACCUUGAGGAAGUGUUGGAAAUCCUCAAGAAAACGCAGCUCCAUCUCAACUUAGAGAAAUCUGAGUUUGGGAGGGACAACAUCAUCUAUCUAGGGCACCGGUUGUCUGCUGCAGGCCUUGAGCCUAAGGCAACCAAGGUUGAGGUCAUAAGCGACUGGCGUCAACCAGCGAAUGUCCGUGAACUGCGUUCCUUCCUUGGUCUUGCAUCAUACUAUAGGAACUUUGUGCCCCAAUUCACUAUCACUGCCCGCCCAUUAUCUAGACUAACAAGUACGAAUGUAUCCUGUUCAUGGGACGGGGCAUGUGAUACUGCCUUUCAAGCCUUGAAAGAGGCCUUGGCUUUUGCGAAGGACAGAGAAGAAGUUAUGUCCCAUGUGACAAAGCUUCGAUCGAUUGUCGCCAGAUUCAACCAAGCAGGAAGUGGUCACUUGGGUCGAGCGGACCUCUCUGUUGAUGUGAUGGACCUCUCACUGGAUGGCGAAUGCGCGUGUGAAUUUUCUUCUGGGCAUCCUGAGCAUUUGUCUGCCAUGUCUGAUUGUAUUUGUCAUCUCCGUGGAAAUCGAUGGGACCAUAGGUGGGUCACGAGGAUAUCCAGUAUGGGGAUGAUUAGUGCAGCACAAGUGGACACGUAUUUGCAGGAUGAUGAUCCUGGCUCUGCACUUGCUCUGCUGGAGGUCAUGACAAAGCUUGUUGUCUCAAAGGAUAUAUUGCUGGCUGGUCUCUACUCUCAAGAGGCCCUGAACCAGCUGGGAAAUAAGUGGGUGACCGUGCUUCUGAGAUGGGAUGUAUCAAAAGAAGCGCGCCGGUUUGCUUUGAGUCUCCUCAAGCGAUUGCAAUCAUCAGUUGCUCUUGCAGAGAGAUUCUCUGAUUCCACAUUCAAAAUAGCGUUGCGAGCUGCUGCAGAUGGCUGGGAGAAGCCUGAACUCAAGGAAGUCCUGAGUGGGCACAGACCAGUCAUCGCAGAGCCAGAGGGAUUUUUUAAGGCAAGGAUGGAGGCCUUUCAAGCUGCUGGGCGAUAUGAAGAGGCUCUCCGAUACGUUCGAGCUGUGUCAAUCUUAGAAGACGGGAUGACAGCGAUGUCUCGCGAUCUUCCAGAGUCUGUGCGCGAGGCAUGGAAAUUAAAACUUCUCGGCAAAAUGGGGAGGUUCUCACGAAUCCUUGACAUUUUGGAGAAAGGAGCACUUGUGCCGGAGGGAGAUAUACAAGUCUCCCUUCUUGAAGAGGUUUUGGAGCAGGAUAUUGACAUGGCAGUGGCCAUCGGUAUGAAAAUCAUGAGGUCUGGGAGGGGUGCAAAAGAGAGUAUUAUUUUCCUUGCUCGGGCUCUGUGUGAGAAACUCCAAAAGGCUUCACCACACACAGGGGUCCAUCAUGCCAGGAGCAGGUCUGAAGAGGGUAGCCCUGAGCAACCAAGCACAUCAUGCAAUUUAGAUACGGUGAUCGGUUGCUGUAGUGCAUUUAAUCGCUUCGCCUUGUGCCAGAGUGUUCCCAACAUCUUAUCACUGGAAUUGGGAAGGAGUAUACGCCAGACAAUGCCGUUGUGUAACGGCGAGCAUCGGUGCUGUACAUGUGGAGCUGCAGGGCAUGGUGGUGUGUCUUGUCAGGAUAUCUCUGCCCGAGGAAUGAUGGGAAGUCCACGUGUGUCAGAGAAAGAGAGGUCCGAAACUGUUCAAGCUGCAGCAGAAGUACCAACGUUAUGUGAGCUAGCGUCACAGGCAGUAGCUGAGAAGCUGGUCAGCGAAGGGGUGGUUUCCAGUCCCAAAGCGACAACUGAGUUGAUGGACAAGCUUGGUGAUUCUGUCACAACAUACUUCACUCGGCUGUAUAUAUUUGUCUAUGCCCUCCGAGAUGAUAUAGAGCAUUAUCCCCGCCUCAAAAUCCCCCUGGACUACUUAUGUGGGGUAGUGACAACAUUGACGGAAUUUCGGCAUUAUGGGAUUGCAGCAGGAUUGGCACGAACAAUCUACAAGCAUGUCCUGGCGGCUUGUCUGUGUCAUUGGGACAGAGAUGAUUAUGUACGGCUGAAGAUGGCGAGAUGGCUUCUGCUGGAACUGCUGCCAUGGGAAGGACCUAACCCCUGCAAAGAAGCUGCACUUGCUGCAGCAAAACUGGAGAAUAAGUUGGGUGUCCUAGUGAUUGGUGCGAUCCAUGAGGCAGAGGAGAAGGCGCAGACAAUAGUACCUGUUGGCACCUGGUUAGCUCGAUUGCAAGCAAUUAAGUGUUUCCUUCUGAAGGAAUUUGAGGUGAUGUCGUGGAAAAUGAUAUCCUAUGGGUUUGUAAGCUCUGCGUUGGAGGUCGCAAUUGCUAUGGUUCGAUAUGAAGCAGCUUUGGUCAAGAGACCAGAUAUGUCAAAGCUGCCGGCUGAUGCACGAUCGGCAUUCUCAAGUGCAGUUGAGCUCAUGGAGCAUCUUGUCUCAAGGAUUACAGGAAUUCAGUACCGACGGCUCUGCGCUGUCCAUUUGCAGGCUCACAAUCUGUCUCGUGCAUCACUGUGUAGAUUUGUGCGGGCACUCAUGCUUCGUCCAGAGCAGGACUGCUAUGGGCAGUUGCUAAGGCUGGCAGUGAGGGCUGUUGCACCAACUACUCGAGGAGAUUUUCCACCUUCUUUUGAAGCUCGGACAGUGGAGGAUCUGCUGGACCUUCUUGAUUGCAAAGCAUUUGGCGGGCAAGAUGCAGGCUCAGCAGCGUCAGGAAGGAGCGUUUCACCUGGGAAUGGCACCUCACCAGGGACUCGAGAGCAACCUAACUGCCAGCUAGGUGAUAUGAAGCCACUCUUGCAGGAGCUAGCAUUCAACCUGUUUGCAAUCGCUCCCUCGCUGAAGGCAUAUAAGUGCAUCCGUGAUGGAUUCAUUUCGUCAGCAGAGUACUCGUCAGAAGGUGUGAGUUUGUGGAGGAUGUCCAGCCAGUGUGCACAGUUGCAUGCAAUGCUGGAAGAUGCAGCUAGCAGGGACUCAUUAGGCUCUGAGAAGAUUAAGCAGGCAAGGCUGGAGUUAAUUUGCUUGGAGAACGAAGUUGAUAAGGUGCUACCUGCAACAUCUGCGCUGACAUAUGAUGUGCCUGCUGCAUUGUGGGCAGCAUUGAGGGUCUGUGAAGAGUGUUGUGAGAAGGGGGAGUCACGGCAGGAGAUUGCGCGGCACUUGGCAAAUAUGGCAGCUAUCGUGUCACAUUGGCCUGUGAGCAAUAAACCUUCAGGUCCAGCAGAAGAUUGUUCGCUGGAAGGAUUUCUUAGAAGAGUUGGUGCGGUUAGCAGAGGAGCUGCACUUGAGGGAGUAGGGAGAUUGUUGGAAUCCAUGAAGAGUUCAUAUUUGAAGAGGACAAUGACUGCAAGAGUGCGGGAAGAGUUCCGGCGAAAGCUACUUGUGUUGAAGGGCAUUGUGGCUGAUAUUUGCGUAGAGGAUGGGAGACUGUUGUGGCAGUGGAUUAUGUACAGCACUGGGAUAGCAUUUCGAGCAAAACCUGCGGUGCAGAAAAUUCUCAGCCAAGAUGAGGAAUUGAACCAGCCUUUGGGACCUCCACAUGCCUCUAUCGCAUCUGCCGCUGGCCAGCUUCCAAGCGACGAAAUUCCAUUAUCGGUCAAACAGUGCAGAACAAUCAGCGAUUUCAUUCAGGUCACUUUUGAGGGCAAGCUUUCCGGGUUGCCUUGCCUCCUUGAUUUUGGGGGGAGACCAGAAAGCAACACACACGAUGGCGAGGUUUCUGCUGAUCAGCGCCGAAAAGAAAUCUCUGUUGAAACAACAACCUGCAAAGCACCACCAUCAAGCCCACAAUGUGGCAGGAGCAACCUUGAGUCGUAUGGAAACCGAAUGGCAUGCGCAUCACAGGCAUCUACUGCGGAGCAAGCCAGGAUGCAGACCAACUCUGUCACACCUCCAAUCUCCACUUCGCCUGGCUCCUCGAACGGCGCUUGGCCUUCAACGUCUUCUGAUGGGGGGGAUCAAUCCUUUGCAGGGAUUGUCUGGACUUCCGGGUUUCACUCGUAAUCCAUUCAGGAGUUCUAAUGCCUAGUAUUCAUAGAAAAAGGUCUAGCAGUUUCACCAAGGGUUGAAAGUUGAAACUGACAUGACUCAGGUGCCGUCAUCCUCCCUCCUAAUAAUUCGAAUCGAUUCUGUGUUCAGCUUGCAAGCGAUGAAAUGCCGUUGUUGCUCGACUUCCAAGCGAUGAAAUGUCGUUAUCAGUCCCCCUUCAUAUGAGUCCGGGACAAUCAUUGGAGAUGGUAUGACUGCAACAUGUCAAGCCUGGCCAUUGGGUCCAGCCGCUCGUGUGGUAGAUGCGCAAACGGCUGUCAGGCCUGUGGGAUCUGCGGAUGCCUCAGGCUGCUGCUGCAUGUUGCUGGAGCUAGUUCGUGAAUAACACGCCGCCACUCACACCCUCUGCUGUUUUCUGACCGAAAAAGUGUCAGCGGGACGGUUGUUCAUGGGUGAGGAAGUGAGACAAAAUGGAGACUGUAUGACAGGGACAUUUCAGACAUUUCAAGCCAGCCCACUGCCCAGGAUUUGCAAGCAGCUACAUGCGUGCUAUAAAUACACGGAUGCCGUUGGGCUGCCGGCUGUUCGUCAUCGACAGCAUGUCACUCACUUCGUCGCUCGUUGAUCCAGUUGCCCGCAGUACUCGGUUGGCACACCCAUGAACUCUGCUGAAAUGCAGACGCACACUGGAAUCCAGAUGCAACCUGAUGAGCAGAAUAAAAUAAGACAGCAGUGCUUUGCACCCAGCAUCAGAAAGUCCUCCAGGAGGGAGGUUUCUUGUACGACCGUGCUUCUUUUUAGUUGAACCGGGUUUGCCUCAGCUCAACCAAGUAUCUGUGGACUUGUAAAAGACAUUGCUUGGAACGAUUGGAGCUAUUGCAUCCGGAG